AUGGGGCCAAACGCUUUACUACGGCCAGUGAGUUGUGUAUCGCUCGAGCAGGAAUUGGGUUCGCCUAAAAAGAUGCAGGAAAUGGAGAGCAUGGACUGCAACGGCAGCGACCCUGAGCAUGGAAUCGAGUGGCCCAUGAUGAUGAUGGCUAUCCUAGCAUCGGUCAUGCAGUGUCUGGGCCUAGUGAUGCCGUACUUCGAACUGGCCAAGCGACAAGGACGUGUCAUCGGCAUUGAUUUCUGGUUUCUCCUAAUUGACUACUCGGGUGCCUUCUUCUCGUUGAUGGCUCUAGUCGCUCAACAUACUUUCGACGUACUCGGCGGGUCCAUGUACAUUGUAGCCAUGACCCUCGAGACCGGCAUCUUCCUCUCCCAGGCCAUAUGGCUCUGGCGCGUCCGACAUAUCCGCCACGAAGCGAAGAAAUUGGGCAUGACAUACGACGAGUACAUUGAGGCACACCCAUCGAAGAAGCUAGCACGGAAAGCAUCCUCCGAAACGGUCGCCGAUGUCGAGGCAGCUCACACCGAGGAAACAUUACUCUCGGAGAAGUCCCUCUCUAGGGCACAGCAGGGUGCUUCCGUAGGACAAGAAACGGAUGCAGAUACAUACAAUGCGAAUGCAAUGACCGAGGGGGCUCCAGCUGUACCCGAAAAAGCGGUCACUUCGGAUAGAUAG